AUGGUGCCUUCUCGGGUGGCUGGAGGAUUAGCGCAAUCUUCAUCAAGUUCUGGAAUUUUCUUCCAAGGGGAUGGGCAGUCUCAGCUUGUAGUUAACUCUCACUUGAGCUCAUCUUUCGGGAACUCUUCUAAUUCCAUUCCUGGAACUGGGCGUUCAAAUCUGGGUCCGGUUUCUGGGGACAUGAAUAAUGCAGUUUUGAGCGGUGUGGCAAACUCAGGUCCAAGUGUUGGGGCAAGUUCUUUGGUCACAGAUGCGAACUCUGUACUUUCAGGCGGUCCCCAUUUGCAGAGAAGUGCAAGCAUCAAUACAGAGUCAUACUUACGCUUACCAGCCUCACCCAUGUCGUUCUCAUCCAACAACAUUAGCAUGUCAGGGUCAUCAAUUAUGGAUGGGUCUUCCGUAGUGCAACAAAAUUCUCAGCAUGAUCACAACUCUCAACAAAUCCAGCAGAAUCAGCAGCACCAGCACCCGCGGCAGCAAGGGGCUUCUAGUGCUACUUCAUUAGCCACGUCUCAAACUGGCCAGGUUUCCCUUCCCAUGGGGGCGCGAGUACCUGGAGCUUUUAUUCAGGAUCCAAAUAAUUUGGCUCACGUCCAGAAAAAACCCCGGUUGGAUAUCAAGCAGGAGGAUAUGUUGCAGCAGCAGGUGUUACAGCAGCUACUGCAAAGGCAGGAUCCCAUGCAGUUCCAAGGCCGAAAUCCACAAAUACAAGUCUUGCUUCAGCAGCAGAGAUUGCGGCAACAGCAUCAGAUUUUGCAGUCUAUGCCUCAACUGCAGAGAGCCCAGUUGCAGCAGCAGCAGCAGCAGCAACAACAACAACAACAACAACAUCAGUUGCAGUUGAGACAACUUCAACAACAAUCUUUGCAGCCAGUAUCUUCCGUUAAGCGCCCCUAUGAUGGUGGCGUUUGUGCUCGUAGACUGAUGCAAUAUCUAUAUCAUCAGCGGCAACGGCCUUCUGACAAUAGUAUUGCCUAUUGGAGGAAGUUUGUGACAGAGUAUUACUCGCCUCGUGCUAAGAAAAGAUGGUGUUUGUCAUUAUAUGAUAAUGUUGGGCAUCAUGCACUUGGCGUUUUCCCUCAGGCUGCUAUGGAUGCGUGGCAAUGCGACAUUUGCGGUUCUAAAUCUGGAAGGGGUUUUGAGGCAACCUUUGAAGUGCUCCCUAGACUUAAUGAGAUCAAAUUUGGUAGUGGAGUCAUCGAUGAACUUUUGUUUUUGGACUUGCCACGUGAAUGUAGAUUUCCUUCUGGUGUAAUGAUGUUGGAGUAUGGGAAAGCAGUUCAAGAGAGUGUAUACGAGCAACUUCGUGUUGUUCGGGAGGGUCAGCUUCGUAUAAUUUUUACGCAAGAUUUAAAGAUAUUGUCUUGGGAAUUCUGUGCACGGCGCCAUGAAGAACUUCUUCCUCGUAGGCUGGUUGCACCGCAGGUGAAUCAGUUGGUUCAAGUUGCUCAGAAAUGCCAAAGCACAAUUGCUGAAAGUGGAUCUGAUGGGAUAUCUCAGCAGGAUCUACAGACAAACAGCAAUAUGGUACUGACAGCUGGGCGGCAGCUUGCAAAGAGUUUGGAGUUGCAGUCAUUGAAUGAUUUGGGUUUUUCUAAAAGAUAUGUGAGGUGUUUGCAGAUCUCAGAGGUUGUCAAUAGCAUGAAAGACUUGAUUGACUUCUGCAGGGAGAACAAAGUUGGGCCUAUCGAGGGCUUGAAGGUCUAUCCUCGGCAUGCCACUGCAGCCAAGCUCCAGAUGCAAAAGAUGCAGGAAAUGGAGCAGUUAGCAAGUGCUCAGGGUAUGCCCACUGACAGGAACACUCUCAAUAAGCUAAUGGCAUUGCAUCCUGGGAUGAAUAACCAAAUCAAUAAUAACCAUCACAUGGUCAAUCGGGGAGCUAUGAGUGGUUCAGCACAAGCUGCUUUGCAACUGACUACUUACCAGAAUCUGCUCUUGAGGCAGAACUCAAUGAAUUCAAAUGCGAACUCUCUUCAACAGGAGGCAUCUUCUUCCUUCAAUAAUUCCAACCAUAGCCCAUCGUCAACAUUCCAAGGUGCUUCUGCUUUAAUCCCUGGAUCCAUGCAGAACUUACCCGGUAGUGGUUUGUCAAGUCCCCAUUUACCCUCGCGACAGCCGCACCAGAUGCAGCAGCGCUCACUAAGUUCUAAUAGCUUGCUACCACAAAACCAUUCACCUAGCUCCCAAGGAAACCAGGCCUUGCAGCAACAGGUGAUCCAGCAACUGCUACAGGAGAUGUCCAAUAACAGUGGGGGAGGUGGACAACAAUCUCUUUCUGGUCCAAAUGCAAAUGGGAGUGUGGGAAGGAGUGGAUUGAGUUUUGGAGGCAACAAUCCAGCGGCAACUCCAGCCACCUCCAAUGUCUCCGGAGGUCAUGGCCCUGCGCCAAGCAGGAGUAAUAGCUUCAAAGCUGCUGCAAACAGUGACUCUUCGGCAGGUGGUGGUAACAAUGCAUACAACCAGAGAGCAUCUGAUUUACCCUCAAACCUUCACUUGCAGGAGGAUAUGGUAUCGGACAUCGCCCAUGAAUUCACAGAAAACGGUUUUUUUAACAGCGAUCUAGACGAUAAUAUGGGCUAUGGCUGGAAGGCGUGA